CACAUUUACCAGGCGUCAAGUGUCCCCAGCAACCAGUGUCUCCUGUACCAGCAGAAGCUCCAGAACUCUCACCCACUUGCCUGCCUCUGCCGCCUCUUUGCCCACUGAACAGCCAUGAGAAGGCAGCUCCGGUCCAGAAGGGCUCCUGCCUUUCCUUACGGUUAUCGCUACAGACUUGAUGAUCAGGAUGAAGUGAACCAGAACUACUUAGCAGAUGAAGAGGAAGAAGCAGAAGAAGAGGCUCAGGUGAUGGUGGUACAUGAUUUGGAGGAGGAGGAGGAAGAGGAGGAGAAAGAAGAGGAGGAAAAGGAGGAGGAAGAGGGUCAGGGUCAGCCAGCAGGCAAUGCCUGGUGGCAGAAAUUGCAGAUCGUGAAUGAAUACCUGUGGGAUCCGGAGAAAAGGAUGUCUCUGGCCCGAACAGGUCAGAGUUGGAGCCUGAUUUUAGUCAUUUACUUCUUUUUCUAUGCUUCCCUGGCUGCUGUGAUCACCCUCUGCAUCUACACGCUAUUUCUGACCAUCAGUCCUUACGUGCCAACCUUCACUGAGAGGGUGAAGCCUCCUGGAGUUAUGAUCAGACCCUUCGCCCAUAGCCUUAACUUCAACUUCAACGUUUCUGAACCUGACACUUGGCAGCAUUAUGUGAUUAGCCUAAACGGCUUUCUCCAGGGUUAUAAUGACAGUCUUCAAGAGGAAAUGAAUGUAGAUUGUCCUCCGGGGCAGUACUUCAUCCAAGAUGGCAAUGAGGAUGAGGACAAGAAGGCCUGCCAAUUUAAGCGUUCCUUCCUGAAGAACUGCUCUGGCCUGGAGGACCCUACUUUUGGCUACUCUACUGGACAGCCCUGCAUCCUUCUAAAGAUGAACCGGAUUGUAGGCUUUCGUCCUGAGCUUGGAGAUCCUGUGAAGGUUUCCUGCAAAGUUCAGAGAGGUGAUGAAAAUGACAUCCGAUCCAUCAAUUACUACCCAGAGUCGGCUUCUUUUGACCUCCGCUACUACCCUUACUACGGCAAACUGACUCACGUUAACUACACUUCCCCGCUGGUGGCAAUGCACUUUACAGACGUGGUGAAGAACCAAGCGGUGCCUGUGCAGUGCCAACUGAAGGGCAAAGGCAUCAUAAAUGAUGUCAUCAAUGAUCGUUUUGUGGGCAGGGUAAUCUUCACUCUGAAUAUAGAAACCUAAGAACUUCAGGGGGCCACUCCCACCUGUUCUGUUUCUGUUUUAUUUCAUGUUACACCUGGUAGCAGCUGAAUUCUUUUUCUUCAAUCAGGACACAGCCAGAUGGACACCCAAGACAGCAGAUCAUCUUUGACAUAUGUAUAAAACGACAUUGUGGGAGCUAUUUGAUUUUUUAAAGGUAGUCUCUCCUGAUGACAACUAUUAAUUUCCUUUCCCUCCACUUAAAACUAAAACCCAUUCUUGCUGCUAGAAGUCUCACUAUAGUGUAAACAUAGUAUCUGAUAAAAUUCACAAUAGCCAUGAAGGAGAAUUUCUAUGAUGAUUCUAAAUUCAUGUGUUUUCUAAAACGUUGUUUUACGAGGUGAGAUUCUCCCAAUCGGGCUGAUAACUAACGUUUUUUUUACUUGCCUGGCAAGGUCCUUCCCUGGGAAUCACCAAUCAUAUCAACCCAGAAUAUACCUAGAGCCACCAUACCUAGGGAACUCUAUAUCCAGGGGUGCUUGAGAAACUGGCUGCCUUGCAUGGGCAACUAAAUACUGAUUCAAAGACUAGGUUAUCUUCAACAGGGAUAGAAAGCAGUGCUGACUGGAUAUUGUUCUGGGAUAGAGAUGAAGACCUUCCCCAUGAUUUUUUUGGGAGGUGGGGCCCAAAUUGGAGAGAAUGUGGAUGUGAUUGGUAUUUGAUUCCUUGCUCUAUGGUGCGAUCAUCCAAAGGCAAACAUUCCUGCAAACAGGUUUGUUUCAGCUUUAGGCAGAGGAGAAAACAUGGAAGAAGAUCUCCAUCAGCUAAUUCUUCUUGGGCUAUUUGUUUGACUAUAGUGUGAGACUCUUUGAGACCAUCAGGGACGGAUGUGUUGACCCAUAGCUACAGGUCUGGGGAUUGAAAUCAGGGUCUCCCAAUUAAUGCAUGGCAAGACAAAAAGCUCCUGCCAGGCCACCCUAAAUCCAAGGCCCAUUAGUCAGCUGUUCAUUUGCUUAAAAAAUGAUAUGAGGCAGAUGUUUAUCCAGGUUGUGGAUCAGCCAGGCUGCUUUGUCUUAUCUUUGGCCAUGUGAUCAUUCCACUGCUUCUUAACACCUCCACCGGGC